AUGAAUUCAUGGACUCUUUCAUUUAUGGAUUCAAAUUUGGAAUCCUAAUUUUCACAUGCUCAACAAAAACAUGUUCUGAGAUGUUAAGAUAGACAAAGAUGGCUAGUUAUUGUUAUUUUAGCUCUUCUGAUAGUUGAAUAGGUGUUGGCAGAGUUUUGGAUUAGUGUUGCGAUUUGGGGUUUUAGUUUGGGAUUGUUAUUCAUUUCAUAUAGAUUUAGAAAUUAAACCAAAAUGAUCGAAAAAAUAUUUUUUAUCACUAUAAUUAUGUUACUUGCCAUAUAUAAACAAAAUUCGAAAUUUUUUGAUGGUAUAUCAAAGGAAUAAUUCAAUAUUGACUCAGUCCUGACUACAUCUGCAACUUUUUGGUAUAAUUGUCAUUAAUUUAGUAUGAUUCGAAAUUUUAAAAUUGUGAAAUAAUACUUAAUUUUGAUGAUCAUAUUUAUGUUUAAUAUGGUAAUUUAAUACAGAAAUGUUGGAGUUUCAGCUUUAACUAUUUUAUAAAAUAUAAUUUAUAUAGCUAUGAUAAUUCAACAUCUAUAUCAAAAAGAAUAGCAUAGAAGAAUUAAUUAUAUUGAAGAUAUUAAUUAAGUGAACAUUAAUCAAAUACUCUUCAAUUAAUUAAAUUUGUAAUUGUUUAGAGUUGCUUAUGAUAUGUCUGCUUGUCAACUUAUUUUACUUCAACGGAAUUUACUAUCAUCAAUCAAUUAAGAGGAUUAAAUAGAAUUCAAUAAUUAGAUAAGGUAGAUUAAAAUAUCAAUUAAAAAAAAUAAGAGAAUUUCGGAACAAAUUGUGUUGAAUCAAAUUAAUUAACAAAUGACUUUGGAAUAGUUUUUAGUUUUGAUACUAAACAUAAAGUCUUCUAAAUUAACUCAAGAGGUCUUGAAUCAGAAUGAGUAUUAAUUAGUAGGAGUAUUGAAUUAUGAGGAUUUUCAGAUUUCCAUACAUCGAACCUUUUAUAUCAUGCCUAGUGUUAUAAUACUCUUUAAGAAAAACUACAAAGAACAUCAAAUUGAGGAGUUGAAAUUGAAAAGAGAUACAUUCAAACGUGGAUUUGACACGAUUCAAGAUAUAUUUGUUACUAAUAUCAGGCCUGUGUUAAUAUAUUAUACUUGGAUAAAAUAACAUUCAAACAUAUAGAAGGAUGCAUCUAAAAUUAAAGUGCUUCAUAAAAUAAUAUAAGCCAAACUUUACAAAGCAUAACAUGAAUAUCAAAACUUAAAAGAUUUCUUUUAAAUUAAUAAAUCAUUCUAAAAAACAAUCAUUUUAUCCUUUUCCAUAGAUAAGAUCAUGUCUUUUAUUAUUGAUGUUGUUUGUGAUAAUCUAUUAAACAAGAAAAAUCUCAAAAUACAAUUUAUCAAUAAAUUACAACAUAAGGAAAUUAAUUAAGACUAGGCCUAAUUUAUUUAACUAUUUUUCAAUUUGUUGUUCUUCAUUUCUGAGAAAUCAGAGGAUAUUAAAAUCACAAUCAAAGAUUUUUAGAUGCCUGAAAUUAUACAUCAAAUACUACAGGUGAAGAUUGAUUAUAUAGGUCAUCCUAUUUCAAGACAAUUCUUAUAAAAGUUGCCAAUAAUCAAUCCUGAAAAUUUAUAGGAUUAUAUUCAUAACAGUACUGGUACAUUUAGUCUUGAUUUACCAAUUGCUCUGAUGAUCAUAAGGAAAUUAGGACCUUAAGAUAAAUUAAUUUGGAAGUAAGUGAAUAGGGGUGAGAUCUCUUUAGAAUUUUAUCUAUACAGAAAUCUCCCUAGUGAUCUUCAUCUUUUACCUGUUAUCUCAUUAAAACCUCACAAAAACAUUAUAUACAAAUCCAGCCAAACGAGAAGGAAAACUCUAAUAUACGAUCACAUAUAUGAAACUGUUCACUUGCCUGCCAUUCAAACAGAUAGAGAGUUGCUAUGA